GAGCAGGGCCUGGUAGUCGCAGAAGCGCUCAAAUUGCGCAACGCCCGAAAGCACAGGCAUGGCGGCGUCGGCUUCCGUGCCGGCGCCUUCUCGCAUGGCGACGACAGCCCCGCACCCAACGGGAAUACGGAGCAGGGCAUGGUUCUGCACGAUGGGGCCGAUGCCGCGGAUGGCCUCAUACUAGGCGGCAUCCCGAAGCGCUUUGCCCCGCAGACGGGCCUGGCCGGCGAGCUGGUCAAUAAGCACAUGGAGGAAUAUGUAGAAUCCGAGCUGGCUAGACGGAAGCGGAACGCUGUCGAGGCGUUGGAGCAGCAAAGCAGCCACCAGGACGGCACAUCGCAGUCGGCCCGCGGUUUUGAUUCGGUGGCAACAGUGGGCGGCAAGCAGGUCGAAACGCAGCGCGCCCUCCUUGGGAAGCUCCAGGAAAUUGAUCUCGGCGACGAGGCUCGGGCCCGCAACAUCGCCAUGACGGAGCGUGCGAGGCGACGCCUCCAGGGCCUAGCCGCCGAAGAUGAAGAGGUGCCUGGCAGUCCACCCAAGAAAGCCCGCCUCGGACCGGAUGGCAAGCCGUGGCGGCCGAGGAACCGGAGGGGAAGUGACGAUAUCAAGCGUGAUCAGCUCGUCGAAGAGUUUUUGAGCGAAAACAGACUUGACGUCUACGACAUGGCGCCUGAAACGACUGCCCCUGAGACGGGCAUGGAUGAAGAAGAACUGGCCGCAGACGACCGGAUCGCGGAGCAGUUCCGACGCGACUUCAUGGACGCCAUGUCGCAGAGGCACCGACGGAGGAAGCCUGCUAUAAACGCGGUGCCGCGCCCCAAGGCGAAUCAAGAUGAGAUUCUCAAGGGCCCCAAGCUAGGUGGUAGCCGCAACGCUAGGGCAGCUAUGCGAGAUCUUUUACUGAAGGAACAAGUCAGGAAGCAGAGAUGA